AUUCUUCGAUACACUUCCAUGAGGCGCCUCCAGCCUUGGGGCGACCCCUGUAACCUGCCCUCCGGUUUUUAACUCUCCCAGGAACGCCCGCUCUCCGACACAGCGCCAGCCUCUUGUUUCCGACGACGCAGAGUUCAACUUGAACGCAGUCCCCUCCCCUCUCUCUCACCUGGGCCAGAAUUUGCCAGAGCCAACGCGAAGCGCGCAUUUUACCGACAGGCCUCGUACAAAAGAGUCGGGAAGAAUAUCGCACCAGCGCAUCCCAGUUCGCAAAUUUCUCAUCGUCGCCCCGCUGCUCUUUUGUCUCCCCGACGAUAGAGUUGGUUCUUGCGUCCCGACGAACGAAUUUGUUCACCAAACAGGUACGAUGCACAGUCCCGUGCUCUCCUUGCCACCGGAGCACCCACGCGCCAGCAGGAAUAAGGAAUCUUCUCUCUGUCGCCUGCAUCGCCUGGAAGCUUCCUUCGGCCCGCCCUGACAUCUCCGCCUCCCUGCUCUCUUCCUCCCAGCCUGACUAAUCCCAUCAUAACAGCAACGAAUACUUCCCAAACUUCUGCGCCGACACCACCACUCGUCUCGACCCCGUUACGCUCUUGGCGCCGAUUGCAGCGAGGACUGAAGUGUUACUGCCUUCUGCUAGUCGUUCGCAAACUCAGACAUCAUGGUCAAAGAAACCAAGUUCUAUGAGACCCUGGGGGUAUGCUUGCCUCGGCCCCCGGUUAUGUUCACAUGGAGACAACGUUAACAAAAACGCAAGGUCGCUCCUGAAGCCACCGAGCAGGAGUUGAAGAAGGCGUACAAGAUGAACGCCCUCAAGUACCACCCCGGUAGGUUGUCAUACUCGGCUGUGGCCUGGGGCUUUACUAAGUCACAUCGCAGACAAAAACGCACACAACCCCGGCGCCGAGGAAAAGUUCAAAGAGGUUUCCCACGCGUAUGAGAUCCUUUCUGAUCCCCAGAAGCGACAAAUUUACGACCAAUACGGCGAGGCCGGCCUCGAGGGAGGCGCUGGCGGCGGUGGCAUGGCCGCCGAGGACCUGUUCGCGCAGUUCUUCGGCGGCGGUGGCUUCGGAGGCAUGGGUGGCAUGUUCGGCGGCAUGAACAACCGCGGCCCUCCCAAGGCACGGACCAUUCACCACACUCACAAGGUUUCCUUGGAAGAUAUCUACCGUGGCAAGAUCUCCAAGCUGGCCCUGCAGCGCUCUAUCAUCUGCCCAAAGUGCGAAGGCGUUGGUGGCAAGGAAGGCUCCGUCAAGCGGUGCCCCGGCUGCGAUGGCCAUGGCAUGAAGACGAUGAUGCGCCAGAUGGGUCCCAUGAUUCAGCGCUUCCAGACCGUAUGCCCCGACUGCAACGGCGAGGGCGAGAUCAUCAAGGAGAAGGAUCGCUGCAAGCAGUGCCAUGGCAAGAAGACAGUUGUCGACAGGAAGGUCCUACAUGUUCACGUCGACAAGGGUGUUCGCAGCGGCACCAAGGUCGAGUUCCGCGGUGAGGGUGACCAGGCCCCGGGCGUCCAGGCCGGUGACGUCGUUUUCGAGAUCGAGCAGAAGCCGCACCCUCGAUUCACCCGAAAGGACGACGACCUUCUUUACAAGUGUGAAAUCGAGCUGGUGACGGCCUUGGCUGGUGGAACCAUCUUCAUUGAGCAUCUCGACGACCGGUGGCUUAGCAUCGAUAUCCUUCCUGGUGAGGCCAUAGCACAAGAUGCUGUCAAAAUGGUUCGCGGCCAAGGCAUGCCCACUCCCCGUCACCACGACUUCGGCAACAUGUACAUCCACUUCAACGUCAAGUUCCCCGAAAAGAACUGGACUGAGGACCCCGCUGCUUUCGAGGCUCUGCGGAAGCUUUUGCCGUCACCGCCCCUUCAGAACAUCCCGCCGUCGGACGCCAUGACGGAGCCUGCCGAUCUCGAGGAUAUGGAUUCACAGACCCAGAACCGGGUCUUUGGCAGCCCCGGCAUGGGUGAGGACGAGGACGAGGACGGCCAUCCUGGCGCCGAGCGCGUGCAGUGUGCUUCCCAGUAAACCUCCUGCAGUGUGUGUUUCGAAACAAAAGUGCAUUGGUGGGGCGAGGGCGUGUAGCGCCUUGAAGGCUGCGGUAGCCAGCCAUAAGGGGCCUGAAACCCCUCCCUGCGUGCCUCGCCUGGCAGGUGAGAGGUGGCGCAGAUGGCGACUAGGCCGUCCGCGGUGCGUUCAGUAAAGGAAUGACCUCGCUAAUACCACAAGCGACGACUUGGGUCAUAUCUUUCAUAUUUCAGGGCAGCGAGGAGCUGAGACGGGGUUAAAGGCGAAGCCACACUUGGCUUCUGCUGACUUGCGUCUCGAAGAUGAGGGCUUCAAGCAUAUUUCUUGGGUUGGUUGGCGUUUAGAGGAUAUAGAGGAUUCGAUGAGUUUGUUGUGUCGCAGUCCUAGACGUAUGAACAUGAUGAUUUACUUGGCG